UUCGGCGAGCGCGUGCGGGACCUUCGCUGAUUCUCAUGCCGCCGCCUUGACGAAACCCAACCGAAAUCCGACAGAAAGAAAGAAAAAGAGGGGAAGAAAGACAAAGGAGAGAAAGAAUACUUUUUUUGUUUUUUUACGUUCCUUCAGCUCCACUUGUCUGUGUUUUUUUUUUUUUUGUGUGUUACGACUACGGAGAGGAAACACACACGCCGCUUUCUCCUCGACUUACGUCGUCAAGGUCAUUUACAUGAAUCCAACGUCAAAGUGGCAGUGAGUCGCUGGGAACUGGGGAGCGAGUCUUUCGGUUUUUAACCCCACGCGCUGACAUGGAAGGCUUUCUUCGUAGCAGCUUUUUACUGAGCAGAGUCAUGUCUUCCAAGCAAGCCACGUCUCCCUUUGCCUCUGUGGUCGACGGAGAUGAUGCCAUGAGCCAGGACCACUUGUCUUGGGAAAAAGAGGAGCCGGCCGACGCCCACUGCACACCGCAGCUGCCGCUGCACAAUCUGCUCCAUGGAAAAGCCCAUCCUGAUGAAAUCCAGCCGCUGAGCAGCGUGCCUCCGGAGAGCGACUGGGACAGCUUGGUGUCUGCCCAACAACGCAUGGAAUCGGACAGCAAUAAAGUAUGUUCCCUGUACUCCUUCCGCAACAAUUCCACUUCCCCGCACAAGCCCGAGGAGGGGGCCCGGGAGCGAGGCGACCUGCUGAGCGCAUCAGCGUUCGGAACUCCGGAGCGCCGCAAAGGAAGCCUGGCAGACGUCGUGGACACACUCAAGCAGAAGAAGUUGGAGGAGAUGACAAAGACAGAACAGGACGAUUCAUCCUGCAUGGAGAAACUACUUUCCAAAGACUGGAAAGAAAAGAUGGAGCGGCUCAACACGAGCGAUCUUCUAGCCGACGUAAAAGGUACUCCUGAGAGCCUGGCGGAGAAGGAACACCAGCUCUCCACAAUGAUCAGCCAGCUGAUCAGCCUACGAGAGCAGCUCCUGGCCGCCCACGACGAACAGAAGAAGCUGGCCGCCUCGCAAAUGGAGAAGCAGAGGCAGCAGAUGGAGUUGGCCCGUCAGCAGCAGGAGCAGAUUGCCAGACAACAGCAGCAGCUUCUGCAGCAGCAACACAAGAUCAACCUCCUCCAGCAGCAGAUCCAGCAGGUCCAGGGUCACAUGCCUCCGCUCAUGAUCCCCAUUUUUCCACACGACCAACGCACUCUGGCAGCAGCCGCCGCCGCCCAGCAAGGUUUUCUCUUCCCUCCGGGAAUGUCUUAUAAGCCAGGUGAUAACUACCCCGUGCAGUUCAUUCCCUCCACAAUGGCCGCCGCGGCAGCGUCAGGACUCAGCCCCCUCCAGCUCCAGCAACUGUACGCCGCCCAACUUGCCAGCAUGCAGGUCUCUCCCGGAGCCAAGAUGCCGCCGCUCCCGCAGCCGCUCAAUGCCAGCGGGCCCAUUUCCCCCUCCUCUCUGAAGAAUGACAAGAGUUCAUCCAGCCCUAUCACUCAAGUCAAGGAGGAAGGAUCACAGCCGCUCAACCUUUCCGCCCGGCCGAAGACGACGGACAUUGUCAAAUCCCCGACUUCCCCGACACAAAACCUGUUCCCCGGCUGCAAAAGCAACCCAAACAGUUUCGCUACCAAGGGUGGUAUCCCCAGUCCGCUUGAGAGAGGCCUCGGUCGUGGCUCCUCGUUAGACAUCCUAUCCAGCCUCAACUCGACGGCGCUGUUCGGGGACCAGGACACGGUGAUGAAGGCCAUCCAGGAGGCCCGGAAAAUGAGGGAGCAGAUCCAGAGGGAACAGCUGCAACACCACCAGCAGGGCAUGGAGGCGAAGCUGUCCGCCCUCACCUCGGUCGGCCUCAACAACUGCAGGGUUGACAAGGAAAGGGCACAUUUUGACGGAAUCGGGCACCACCUCGGCAAGCUGGCUGAAGACGGAAAGAUCGGCCACAGGGUCAUUGAUCUCACCAGGCCGGAGGAUCUUGACGGAGGCGCCGGAUCGGCCGAGGCGAGAGUCUUCAGGGAGUCCAGGGGGAGGAACAGCAACGAGCCGCACAUUAAGAGGCCGAUGAAUGCCUUCAUGGUGUGGGCCAAAGAUGAGCGCCGCAAGAUCCUCCAGGCCUUCCCGGACAUGCAUAACUCCAAUAUUAGCAAGAUUCUGGGUUCCCGGUGGAAGUCCAUGUCCAACCAGGAUAAGCAGCCGUAUUAUGAAGAGCAGGCGCGUCUGAGUAAGCUCCACUUAGAGAAGUACCCCAACUACAAGUACAAGCCCCGGCCCAAGAGGACCUGCAUCAUCGACGGCAAGAAGUUGCGCAUCGGAGAGUACAAGCAGAUGAUGCGCUCGCGGCGGCAAGAGAUGAGGCAGUUCUUCACUGUCGGGCAACCACCCCAGAUUCCCAUCACCACAAGCGCCAGUAUGGUCUACCCCGGGGCCAUCGCCAUGGCGACGACGACGCCCUCGCCGCAAAUGACGUCGGAGUGCUCGAGCGCCUCGGCGAGCCCCGAGCCGACCAUCCCCGUCAUUCAGAGCACCUUCAACAUGAAGCUGGAGGCCAACAACAUCGCCAAUAACAGCGAGCCGGUCAACGGCGAGGACGACAUGGACAUGUACGAAGACUUUGAGGACGAGCCCAAAUCAGACUACAGUAGUGAAAAUGACACGCAAGAGCCGGUCAGCGCCAACUGACGGAGCGUCCGGUGGAAAACGUGAGGACGGCACCGCCGAGGUUUGAAAGUGUUCACGGGGGAGGACGCAAACACGAUGCAAGCCAGCAUGCGGCUUCAGUAAAUCAAAAGAACAAAAAAGCUAUUUGGUCUUAAGCGUUUCUUCGUGUGUGUGUGUGUGUGUGUAGCUAUACUUUUUUUUUUUUUUUUCAUUUUUCCCAUCACCGCGAUCACGGACGUCUCACAGAAAACGGCCGUGACCUGGAACGUACAGAACUUGAAAUCAAACAUUUGCUUAAUCGUACGUUUAUUGACCUUGUUUCUGAACACGACCGAAAGUGUCUCGCUCAGGUAUUGCGUGGCAACCAACAGCUUGUGAAUGUGUCCGAUCGUCACGGCGACGUCGCCGGGGACAAAAGGUCACGCGAUUCCGUCGCGCAUCAGUAUCAGUACAAUAUAUGCGGUUCAACUCCUGAGGUGGUGCGGCAGUGCCAAACGUGUCCAAUCGGUGACACUUAAUCCAGAUUCAUUAUCGAUACAAAUACGGGUCGGGAAGUGCGGGAGAGUUUCCUGUAAUCAGGAAAAACAAAGAUUAACCCAAUCCACUCGUGGAUGGGAGGGGGAGUGCACCACCACCCGCUCGUUCCCAGUCCCGCUAGCCAUUCCCAGUCAGCAAUUUGUUAAUCCGAGCGAUUGUAAUCAGGCCAGAACGCGAGCGGGCCAACAGGGCCAACGGGGCCAACGGGGCCGACGGGCCGCCAAUCCGCCGGAUUGGAAGAGCGGCGAAAGGCAGCUUUGGGGGCAUUACAAUCUCAAAUUGUGUAGCGGCGCAACAUUCUCUUAAAUGCUUUAGCCCCCGUUUGGAGGGGCGAGUUUUAAAGUCUUAGCUCCUAAACUUUUUUUUUUUAAUUCUUUUUUCGACAUUGUAAAUCUUAAACGGACACUAAGGAGUCUUAAAGCGGAGCACGGUCGUUGGGUCGAUGCAGUGACUUGAUUACUGGCGCAGUCUUAAGACACGAAGACAUUUAUACAAUAGAUGAGCGAACACAUUGGUCAAGUGCACUUAUUGUCAUUGUGUCCCCUUUCAAAUCACAAUUAUAAUUAAUUAUUGUCUGUGCCGGGGGUGUCCAAACGUUUGCGUACGGAAAAAUCAAAACCAUGCAAAGGCCACGUUGACAUCAAAACGCAACUCGGAAUUCAUUUUCCCGCGCGGGUGUCAAACUCAAGGUCCGUGGGCUAGAUCUGGCCAGCCAAAGACUCAUUAACCUCCAUGAUUUUUGCUAAAAUGUCGCAACACUAGUUCCUCGGUUCUCGAACACAGUCCGUUCCAGAAGGCCGGUUGAAAACCGGAAUGUUCGAAAACCGAAGCGCGUUUUCCCAUUACAAUGAAUGGGAAAUGAAAUAAUGCGUUCCACGCCUAAAAAAAAUCGUUUUAUUUUAAAGCACCGCAUUCCUUUUUUUAGCACCAGCAGUUCCACUCGCCAUCUUUGGAGCCAUGAUCGGGGUUAAUAUUGCUCAAUCGGAAAAAAAAAUGUUACGUCGUUUUGAAAGCACAAUAACAAAUCGACGUGGCUCAGCUGGUCGGGGCGUUCGAAUACCUAUUUUCGUUCAAAAACCAAAGCAAAAAAAUCUUGAAAUUUUCGAUUUGUGCGAAAACAGCGACGUUCAAAAACCGAGGUACUGCUGUAUAUUAAAAGCACUUUUAUUAUCAAACCCUUUUCCAGCAACUUGAACAAACUUAUGAUUUCAAAUCUAAUUAUCCAUCAAAUUGAGGUAAUUAAAUAUUGAUAUGGUUUUACAGUCAUAACGGCCCGCUGAAGAAAACAGCAAUGCGCCCUGUGACAAAAAUGAGUUUGACACCUUUCAGAAAGUGGAGCAGACAAUCGCAAUUCAGGCUAUUUUCUGCUGUCCCUGAAUUAUGAUUAUUAGAAAUAAUGUAGGUUUUUUUUUUUUACACUUUUGCACAUUUUGAAAAGUCCUACAUGAAACCAAUGUAUGAACCUUUUCUCCAAGCUUACUGCCCGAUAGUACAAUGCAGGCAAACUACACGAUCUGUGCCGAUGGUGAAUUUCAUCUGCUCCGGGCCGCAAAUGACCCCCGGCCGUAGUUUGGACACCCCCGCUCGACACUGAUCCCAUCUCGAAAAUCUGACAAUUGACCUCCUUUGGCAAGAUAAAGCUCCUCGAGCAGUCAAAGCCUCCAUUUCGAGACUCGCGGUUUAAGUGCCCCCCCCCCCCCCCAGAACCCCGACCCCUGCCCGGAAUAUGCCCGAGCCCACAGGGGGCGCCAUCUGGCUCAGAAAGAACACACGAGGCCGACAAUAGAAAGCGAAGGUGCGCGUCCCCCUUCCAUCAAAGCGCUGGAAAGCGAGGCCUCGGCGGGGCCGGCGGCGCGACCCCGACGCCGGCCGCUGGCGAGCAGAUGGAACAAGUACAUCAAGCUGUGGGGGAUUAUUAAAAUGACUGACGACUGGAUAUCAUGCGAAAUGCGCCAUUAUUAAUGCAUGAGUUGGGUUAGUCUCUCCCCCCCCCCCCCCC